GGUUGGGGAGGAAGUCCAACAGCUCACAGGAAUUCAGUUAUUUAUUAUUUAACUUUCUGUUCUCAGGGACUUGAGUGAACUGUAAAAAUAGAGCACAGUACAUAAUCUCCCAUUGAACACGAAGGAAACCACUAAAUCUCUCUGAAAGCCCAAGGGUCGCAGUUCACUGAACUGAAAGUUGCUUCUCCUGUUACCCAUGGCAAACAUAGCAGAAAAUGGUGAAAGGCAGUUUGUGAUCAGCUCUGCUGAAGAUGACUCCUGUGUAUCUUGUCACAGCUGCAGUAGCAGUAUGGUGAAAUAUACUGACGAAUUCUUUACAUCCUAUACUGAUGGAAAUGAGACUGGUCAAUCGUACAGUCAAUCAUUUGAGUCUUAUCCUUUUGAUGAGGAAUUUGAAACAACAACAGAAUCAGAAGUGACUACAAUCAAAUCUGAAAUGGAAUCUCUGUCGCCUCCAAAUAUCAAACAAGAAAUGAAAGAAGAAUUUGAAUGCUGUGAAGACCCUGAAGAUUUACGAGCGAAACAAAAAUUUAUAGAAAAGUGUCUUGAUAUGUUGAACAAAAACAAGUUUGUCUCUUCUCCACACCAUGUAAAAGAACAGUAUAUGGUUUUCCGUAAAGAGGCCGCUCAGUCUCUCCCAGUUGAAUCAGCACCUUUGCAAAUGUAUUGUCAUAUGAAGAUUCAGCAGAUUCAUCAGCAAUUUCAAGCAAAACAGUCGGAGUCCUGUAAACAUGGAAAGCCACAUUCAAACAAACCAUUCCGAAGAAAGACUGUUCCUCAGCGAAGCUGCAUUGUACCUCAGCAACUAAUAAACCGAAUACGAUUUAAAUGCACCUCAGAGAAAGUUAAACAGGUCAUGGAAACCAGCAUGCAUCAACCUUCCAUAUGUACUGCCUGUGUUAAAAAGCUCGGUGAGCUGGCAGAACACAACUUCCUCCGUGUCAAGAGCAUACAAUUGGAAGAAAUGUUAAUCCAGGAUAAAAUAGAGGAGCACAUUUAUACCAAGGACACACUUACACAGAUUGGAAAAAUACACAGAAGCCUCCCAAAGUACUCCGAUGCCACUACUUUGGUGUGGAAGAGAUUAUUUGAUAGAAAAACCCAAACUUAAUUUUAUAAUGUUUGGGCCUUUUACAGCAGAUAUGGUUUUGGAUAUUGAGUCAUAAGAAAAUAUAAAUGCUCAGUUUGGUAAUUAUUGUACUUACUGAAAUGCUUAUUUUCUGUGGCUGAGAACGGCUUUAUUAUUAC